AUGCAGCCAGUUCCCUCCACGGGGUCGCAUUUCAAUUCUAGUGGAAUCACACAAACAACAACGUCAUCGCCUGUCCCGCAAAGCUUUUUCCAAACUAACCAACCUACACAUCUACAUCGAUGUGAGCAAAGAAUACAGACAGCUCUUCAUGCCAACUCCGUGCCAUUUUCUACCGUUGCAUCCGCAUCAUCCGCAGAAGCUCUACAUGCGUCGACACACUGCGCAAUAUCAUCAAUCACAGCGGCUGCUGCAAUGGAUGGAACACCGCGUACAACAAACGAACAUUUGAAACUGAGUGAUCUUUCAUCUUCCUGUAUGGCCUCCAUAUUAGCCGCCCCGUCCAAGCAACGGGCCGAAACAUUCAUGAUUGAUGAAGUUCGUGUGUUGUUGCAUGAAAUUGGCCUGAGGAAACAGGUUCUGCUCUCGCUCUCCCCAUCUACCAAUCGGCUGAAGCGGCGUGCUUGGGAGGAAGUCGCAACCGUGAUGGCUGCUCGAUGGCCUCACAGUCCUCGGCGAACUGCAGAUCAGGUAAAGAAGAAAUGGGAGAAUUUAGUCUCUAAAACCAAGCGAAAAAUUCGUAACGGUCACGUUUUACAUGACUCGGAUUGGAGUGAGACUAAUUCAGUGGUCAUGGAGUUUCUCGCCAAGCACAGCCCCUGGUUAAAUGUACCGUAUGGCGGUGGACGCUAUUCCAUGUCUUACUUGAGCCCACAUCAGACUCCAAGCAUAUCUUACGCUGCGGCUGGAACGAAUUUCAGCACUGAUGGUGCGAAGCCUACUCAGAAUUCUGUUGUCUCCUUUCCAAGUCCCUGCGCGUAUACCGCGGAGCAACCUACACCAGGAGCGGUGUCAACGUCUGAUGGGCAAAUCAACUUCAGAGGAACUUGUCCAGCAUGUGAUGAAGAGGAUAUAAAGUGCGGAAUUGUUUCGGUAGAUGCAGAGCCAGAACACAUGUCGGUUCCAGUAAAUGAACUUCAACAAACCGCAGCGCUGCCAUCCUCAACCGUAGAACGACUAGUGAAUACCUGUUUCGACCAUCAAUCCGCCCAGGUUUCAGGAAAGGAAUCAAUCCUCGGCACUUCGAGGGAGCCGAAUCCAACCGAUGGUCAUUCAAUCGUUCACACUCCGAAUGCUGCAAGCGAUGACCUGAAUACUUCGCUGAUAGCAGCCUCAUGUUUACCAUCUACGCUAAUGAACCCUGAUGUGUGUGAUACCAGCAGACUAUCCGUUUGCGUGGAGCGCGCGGCCCAGAAACAGCUGUUGGAGCAUGCCGUAGAGGAACAUAUGGUCCGUAUGGAGAUACUGCAUUUGCAGCGGAGAGCUUGGGAGCUGCAGGUGGAACUGCUUCGAAACGCAGUGGACCGUCCGUUAGUAUGUGGCACAAUGAACGGUGUACGAACAUUUAUUCCUCGCGACAAAGUGUGA